AUGACGGGGAAGCGAUCGAAGACGAGUUGCAGAUCUGCUUCUCACAAGCUGUUCAAGGACAAGGCGAAGAACCGUGUGGAUGAUUUGCAAGGGAUGCUUUUGGAUCUUCAGUUUGCAAGGAAAGAGAGCAGGGCUACUGAAGUCACACUGCUUGAGGAGCAAGUGAACCAGAUGCUCCGCGAGUGGAAAUCUGAGCUCAACGACCCAUCUCCUGCUUCAUCCUUGCAACAGGGUGGUACUUUGGGGUCUUUCUCAUCAGACAUUUGUCGGCUGCUGCAGCUCUGUGAUGAGGAAGAUGAUGCAACCAGCAAAUUAGCUCCACCCAAGCCUGAGCCUGCUGAUCAGAAUCUCGAAGCUGGAAAAACUGCUGCCUUCCAAAGGGGAUACAGUUUGGUUCAGGGAAAGCCGGAACAGGGGUUUCCGUUGCCUGAUCACUGCAAAGAUCCGUCCUUAGUAGUUGGGAACAACUUUGAUGGACCCGCUCAUUUGGAAUACAAUCAGUAUGAUCUGCAGCAAGAGUUUGAACCGAACUUCAACGGUGGUUUCAACGACUGUCCCGGUUAUGCUGUGGAGGGUCCUUUGCAUAUCUCUUCUUUCAUCCCGACCAUCUGUCCUCCGCCCUCUGCGUUCUUGGGUCCAAAAUGUGCUCUUUGGGAUUGCCCUAGGCCUGCUCAAGGAUUCGACUGGUUCCAGGAUUACUGCAGCAGCUUCCACGCUGCACUUGCUUUCAACGAAGGCCCACCAGGGAUGAAUCCGGUUGUGCGUCCUGGAGGCAUCGGCCUUAAAGACGGUCUGCUUUUCGCUGCUCUCAGCGCAAAGGCUGGAGGGAAAGAUGUCGGUAUUCCCGAAUGUGAAGGAGCUGCGACUGCUAAAUCUCCAUGGAAUGCUCCAGAGCUCUUUGAUCUCACGGUUCUUGAGAGUGAGACACUAAGGGAGUGGCUGUUCUUUGACAAGCCAAGGAGGGCCUUUGAGAGCGGGAACAGAAAGCAACGAUCCUUACCGGACUACAACGGUCGCGGCUGGCACGAGUCGCGUAAACAGAUCAUGAGCGAGUUUGGAGGGCUGAAGAGAUCGUACUACAUGGAUCCACAGCCUCUGCACCAUUUCGAGUGGCAUCUUUACGAGUACGAGAUCAACAAGUGCGACGCUUGUGCCCUGUACAGGCUCGAGCUCAAGCUCGUUGAAGGGAAGAAGAAUUCAAAAGGCAAAGUGUCAACAACCGAGUCCGUGGCUGAUCUGCAGAAACAGAUGGGAAGACUCACAGCUGAGUUCCCUCCAGAGAACAACAACAAACGCUGCAUCAAAGGAAGACCAAAAGUGAACACAAAAGUUGCUACAAGGAACGUUCCGAGCACAGUAGAGCAGGCCAAUGACUAUGGAGUAGGUGAAGAGUUUAACUAUCUCGUCGGAAAUCUAACCGACUAUUAUAUCGCCUGA